AUGGAAUUCAACAAGGCAGUUGAUUGGACGGGCCUUCGCGCCGUCACUUUCAACGGCAUUCGACCGAAUGCACAGGCCACAGCAGGUCGGGGGGCGAAGGUGAGGGAAAUGAAGAACCACGGUCAUUUCUACGUCUUCGCGGACAAGGUCGGGACCUUGAAGGUAGCCACAUCUGGCUAUGAACCUUGGAAAGAUUAUCCAGUCAAAGGCUGGUGGCUGGAUUCUUUGUGGUCUGAGCACAAACUGGCACAUGAUGUCUACAUCCGGUAUGCGCUCGGGCCUUAUCGUGCGUGUCAAGUGCGCAUUGGCUUCCUGGGACGAUUGAAGCAAGUUGAGAGUGUUCGCUUUCACGAGCGCCUCGGCGAAUACCAGGCCGAGCAGAUUGCCACGGAGCAAAGGCUCCAGGCGUUGAAACGACCUUUCCGGCCUGAAGUCUUGGCAGCUCUGCAGCCCUGGGCCGCGCAGUACACUGCGGACCAACUACGCUAUAGGUUUCUCGUCUUGCGGGGUGGGUCUAGAACCGGGAAGAGCACAUUGGCGAAGUCCCUUGGCAGCGUCUAUGGCUGGGGCAACCCUUUCAUCCAGACGGUGCAGGGCGCACCAGCCCCCGAUCUAAAAGAGUUUGACAGAGACUCUCACGGCUACAUUCUUUUCGACAAUGUGAACGACAUGCAGUUUGUGCUGGACCAUCGAGCGUUGGUGCAGUCCAACAACUCUGUGCACACACUGGGCCAAUCGCAAACAGGCAUGUAUGCGUAUCGCGUGUGGAUCUACAAAGUCCCGAUAGUCAUGACGGUGGAUGACAGUGCUGUGUGGGAUUCUUUGGAGCCAUGGAUCCACGAAAACAUGGUUGAACUCAUUUUGCAUGGCCCGUGCUACCAGUGA